CAUAGGCAUAGGCCUGCAUUGAAUGCGAACGAGUGGGGGCAAAUCCCUUUGAAUUGGUCAAAGUCGCUGCCUGACCUCGACUAAGUGUCUGUUCUGCGGACUGAUCUACGAUUGUCAACACGACAUCACAACUCUCAUCUUUUCAGCCAACAUCGUCCUUCCUUUCCCUCUCUUUCUGUGGUUAUCGGAAGUCGGUCUUAUCUUCAAGGUUCGGAUCACCCUAUGACAUUGUGCCACACCAUGAAGCCUACAUUCUUUGCCGUGCUGGCAGCCCUAGCACUUCCGCUCAGCUCGGCUCAGACCGCUAGGCCCGACUGCUACACCAGCACCGGUGACAUGGAAAUGGUUGGCACAUCCGUAUACCAGUCUACCGGGAUUUGCAUGAAUAUGUGCAACCAAGUCAACGCGUACUACUACGCCACCCAAGGAAAAGCCUGCUGGUGUGGCAAGCAGCCACCGCCAUUUGAAACUAAAACAGACAACCGAGCCUGUACGAUUCAGUGUCCGGGUUACCCGUUCGACAAGUGUGGCGGUGAUGGUGUCUACUCGGUUGGGGAAAUGCCGGGCGACCAUCCGAGCAUCUCUAGCGGGGAAAGCGCUUCGACUAUGGCUACAGCUUCGACUGCAGUAGGCACACUUCAGAGCACAGCUACUGCUGAUAAUUUGGCUAUGCCCUCGAAGUCAUCUGGUCCUACCAGUUCCAGUUCUGCCUCUGUCGUACCUUGGACCAGCAGCACACCGCUGGCGAGUGCUGUUCAUGCCAAUUCUACCUCGGGGGCGAGCCCUCGCUUCAAGCUACUCUUUCUCCAGGAUGCUUAAGGAAGAUGCAAUUACACUUUGCGCGAUUUGAAUGUUGUUACUUGAUCAAUCUCUCCGUUGAUGUUGUGAGGAACGUAGACCGCGAGUAGGCAGUUCAGGGAGAUCUUCCUUCGGUAUUGAUACAGGUGGAGACAACUGUUCCAAAGAUGUAAUAAUCUUCUGACCAUAUGUAGAGAGCGAGGAUUAGGAGAUGCUAACAUUGAUACUACGUAAGAG